GACAGACCAUGAUGCUGUGCAGAGGCCUGCCACUAACAACUGCCAUAACCGUCACACGCACAGCACUAGCCUGCGGCAAAGCCCAGCUACCUUCAUUCCGUAUACGUGCGCCCGGCCGGCCGAUCGAUCCACGCACCAUGUGCGACGACUGCGAGUGCUGCGGCUGCUUCGGCGAGUACCGCCGCUUCGCGUGCGGCUUCUGCAUCGGGCUCGCCAUCAUCGCCGCGGUGGCCGUCAUCGUCGUCCUCGUCGUCGGCUACGGCCACGCCGCGCAGCCCCGGUUCGAGGUCGAGGACGCCUCGCUGUCCCGCUUCGCGCUCGCCACAACAUCGCCCACCGCCAUCUCCUACAACCUCACGCUCACGCUCGCCGUGCGCAAUCCCAACUGGGCCAUGGGCGCCGCCUUCCGCUCCCUCGAGGCCGACUACCUCUUCGACGGCCAGCGCUUCGACCGCGUCGACGUCGCCGCGCCGGGAUACGUCCUGCCGGCGAGGAAGACCGCCGUGUUCCGCGUCGCCAGCGGCGCCGACGCCGUGAACGUCAUGCUCGGGAGCGCCGGCGUCAAGGCGUUCCGGAGGCAGAGCGAGAAAGGGGUGUUCGACGUCGAGGCCGCGCUCUCCGGCGAGGUCAAGUACCAGCUGCACAGCUCCUGGUGCAGGCUGGAGGCCAGGUGCCCGCUCAAGCUGCAGCUCGCCGGCCAGGAAGCCGCCGCCGUCGUUUUCCAGAAGACAUCAUGCGAGGUGCUCCGGUCAUCGCAGAGGGGGUGCUGAUCGAUCGAUCGUUUAGAAAUAUACCACAUGCAUAAUGCAUUGUCUCAUACAUAACACUUGUUUACUUCGAUCGACGACGACUUCUUUGAAUUUGCUUGAUUUUGCUUAUUUUCUGCUUUCCUUUUUUUUUUCUUUCGUGAGAUUGGAGUGAUCAUUGCACCAUACAUUGCACGCCAUGUAUGAUCAUGUUUGCGUGACAUUCAGUGUGUACAAAGCUUUGUUUCAAACACAGAAAUUCCAAAGGAAUUCCGAUGGAACCA